CUCUUUAGGUGCUCUUCCACGAGAAGCCAUUUGCCGGCAUCAACGGGAGUGGCAAGCACGCGAACUGGUCCGUCGGCACUGACACAGGUCUCAACUUCUUCUACCCGGGCAAGACCGAAGAGGGAGCGAAGCUCUUCGUCACCGGCAUUGCCUGCCUUUCGUAUGGCCUUGCCCAGUAUAACGAGCUCGUUCGCUGCACUGUGGCCUCUGCUGGCAACGACCAUCGCCUGGGUGCGCAG